AUGCAGGUUCAAAAUAAAAUAUCCUAUGAGGACAUAGCAUCAAAGUUGCUCAGCGAAAGGCUGCUGCUUACUGCCUUGGAACUUCACGCUGAACUAUGCGAGGCAGAUCGAGAACUACCCGUACUCAGAAAUUUUUUCUCCGAUCCCAAUAACUUUGAGUGCUUAAAUAUAAAACCAGAACCAUGUUUGUCCUUACCAAGAUCAUCCAGCCAGGCAACGUUAGAUUCUUUAGAUAUGACGAGAUUUUCCGAGGAUGGGGGCGGUAUUGACGAAAGAAAUGCCAUUCUAGAGUUUGAAUUGAGAAAAGCCAGAGACACCAUUAACUCUCUGCGUGCCAACUUAACAGUGGUGACAGAAUCGGAAGUCAGCACCCCUGACAAAAACUCAGAAAAAGGAAUCUUUGAGCACCCCAUCAAACCACACGAACAGCGCGCUCUGAACUUUCUAGUUUAUGAGUACUUGUUGGCCCAAUCGUAUAAGCUAACGUCGAUAACGUUUAGUGACGAAAAUGAGGACCAAAAUCUCGAGGAUUGGCAGGACGUUGGCCUAAAUAUCCCGAAGCCAGCAGAGUUGCUGCAAGUCUACCGGGAAUUCAUGAGAUCGACUGGCUGUGACAGACCACCGUCCAACGAUGUUGGGAUUCAAACCGGGGACGCGGAAUCCGAGGAUAAGGAAAAACAAGAUGAACUGAGUAAGAUUGUCAGUGACCAAGCCGAAGAAAUGGAACGCCUAAAGCAGCAAGCUGUUACGCUUGAGCAGGAGAAAACGAACCUCCAAGCUAUGUUGGCCAGUACAAGUUUCACUUCUAACACCAAUGUCGCGCACAAAGGUAGCUCAGGGACGAUCCAGACGUUAAACUCGAGCUCGACGACACCAGACAAAUUCGAGAUGCUGGAGACGCCAGCCCAGGACGCGUCGUCGACGAUUGCCGUGCAAGAGAACGAGGACAGCGUCCAGGAGGACGACAGCGCCUCAAUGGUCGUAAGCAUCGGCGAAACAGAGACGAGCGAGCGCGACUGGACGAGGAUACACUUUUUACGAGCGGAUCUGCCCGACGGCGCGAUCAGCAGUGCGAAUACACCGUCGAGGCAUUUACCGGCGAGUUUCAGGCGCGAAGUGCUGAAGCACUGUUUGAUCAAAGCAUCGGACAAUGCUAUACAGAUAAUCGAGGAGCCGCUCAAGGAGGGCAUUACGCGCGAUAACCUGCCGGACAUUGCGGCCCAAACUUUACCGCGGAUCAUACCCAACGUCAUCCUGAACAGGCGUGAGGAAGUCAUACCCUUGCUGCUCAGCGUUUUCAAGUUACAGGGCAACGCGGCCGAUCGAGAGAAGCUUCUUCAGAUUCUAUUCAAUCUUCAGAAACGACCUCAGGAGGAUGAGAGGCACACGAUCCUCGCUGGACUGACAGCCAUCGCGAAAUUAGAAAAAGAGCCGACGGACAACGAGGAAGUGCUCAAUCUGUGCUGGGAGCAAAGCCAACACAAGUACCUGGAGCGUCGGCUGUUGGCGGCCGAGUGCUGCUCGGCUCUCGCUAUUUACACGACGAGUGGCGUCAGAAACUCGCUUAUGAUAUCGAUGCUCCAGCAGAUGCUGCUAGAUGAUAGGGAACCUGCGGUCAGAGUCACUGUCGUCAAGAGCCUCGGACUACUCGUUGCUCUCAUGGACGAUACGGACAAGUACUUUCAGUGCGAAGAGCUGGCACUGACGGCGAUGGACGACCAGGCACCGGAAGUGGUCGAGGCUGCGAGUACCGUUCUCAUACCGAUUCUUGCGCAAUGGGCUCUGUCGCUCAAGAGACUUCAAUCUCACUUGCUUUCUCGGAUUCUCGCGAAAUUAAAGAAUCUGCUGAAACCAUCGAACUCUCCAAGUAAGGAUUACGUGGAUAGCAAUCGUGCAGCGGCUCUCAUCACGGUCUUGCGUUAUUUGCUGCCUCACACCAUUGUCAGCGUCGUCGACACGGAAGCCGUGCGCAAACGCAUGCAAGAGAGCUUGUCGUCUCAACUUCCUCCCGAGUUCACAAGUCUCUGCUGUUUGCCGAUAGUCAAUCCUAAAAAUUUUUACGAGUGCGAUGUGGACAUGGGUGUACUGUUAAAUACAUUCCUUCUUAACGCGUGGGACGACAUUACGUGGGUCGAGCUGGAGUGGUUGUCUGACAAAUUAAUACUCGUCCUUACGGAAAUAACACAGUGCGUCACCUUGGCACAGGAGAACAUAGUUCAAGAAUUCCUCACAUAUCUUCAAUGUUUUUGCUUGGGAUUUGGCAAAUUCAUAACUCAACGAAAAGUGUUGACGGCCUUCAAACUUUUGAUAGAAAACAUCGAAACUGAACUGUUGAAUCCAGACAUUAGUCAGAAAUUAAUGUAUCCCCUCGUUAUACCCACCUAUUUAACAAUACUCUCUACCUUAGAUGAUAAUGAAUUCAUGAACUCUCUAAAACAUUUCCUCAUUACGUUAUCCAUGCGUGGCGAGAACCUAAGUGGCCUUCAGAUUGUGGUUGUGAAGUUCUGUGGUCAAGACAGACUACAAGAAUACGUGCUCUCAGGCUUGUGGAGUGGUGUCGUUCAUCACGAGCCAAUCGUUAAGUGUGCAACGGCAUCGUUGUUUAAUUCAAUUAUUUCUCAAAUCUCGAAUAAGCUAAUCGACGUUAGAAUAGUCCCGGCAAUAGUCACACUCGCCAGUGACUUGGACGUUAACGUCAAAUCAUCCGCAGUCCAAGUCUUAGGCAAACUCAUAACGGAAAGCGAUGCAAAGGAAGCGAAAGAGAAAGCUCGUUUAACGCUGGAAACAAUAGUUCGCGAUCCCCAGGGCAUACCAGCAGAUUUAAGUGUUCCAUUGAUCUUAACCCUUGCUGCCGUAGCUCCCUACUGUCCGCAAAAUUACGUCGAAGAUGUGAUCGCAACUCAUUUAACGGGCAUAACAGCUUCAGCAAUCCAACACAAUCCAAGAGAUGAUUUAACAAACGCUCUAGUCGAGGCCUACUCUGUUUUAGUGUAUUGCAAUUUGAGUAAUCAAUGUAUUGUUAAUGCCAUUUUGCCAGGGUUGAAGUACCUCGACAGCUUGGUUAAUACGGUAGCGCCUCAGCAAAAAGAGGCUGUCCGCUUGCUUUUGCGGGAAAUAGAGUUAAAAACUAGCAAAAAUAUGGAAAGGUCAGCGUCUGCUGGCUCGGGCCUUUCGUUGUCAUCAAUGGCCUCUGGUAACGUUGCUCAAGGUGUCGAAGAUAUGCGCCAGCGCGUCAGCAAAAUUUUCCACCAUAAAACAAACUCGCCCAGCAUACCGAACAUAUUUCGUAAAAAGUGAGGUAGAGCAAACACUUCUAUUGCAACAAUGACGGUAAAUUAUUAUUAUUUUUUUUUCAUCGUUGACAGCUGCUGUACAAUGAAUCUAGGCUUUUGCACCCUCUCAUUUGUAUUAUAUUGCAUUGUAAUUAUGCAUACUAUAUUUUUAAUUGUUAUUUAUAUACCACCGUUUGAAGGAGAAGAAACGCUGAGUAAGAACGGGUUUGAUGUGCGUGUGAAUAUUUUACGAGUUUAGUACAUCGGAAUUACUUGUUAAUCAAUUGCCCAAACUCUUGUGGGAUCCAUGUAAAUAUAUGUAUAGUGUUUUUGUAUUAUUUUUCGUUCUCACUUGAUUAUUUCUGAUACGUAUUAUUUAAAAUGAAAUUUGUUUAUCCAAGUGGCAAUUUAUUUAAUUUUGUUUAACUUUUCUGGAUUUUUAAAAAGAUUUUUAGUGUUAGUAUUGCUCAAAAGCGUAUUUCUUACUCUAUUACGUAUAUUUUUGUGUGUUAAUGAGCACACUACACUGAGACUAAAAAAUUAACACAAUAUGCAUCAACACUCUUUGUGGUAGUAAGAUUCAUUUUUAUCAUUUUUUAAAUAAUCAUGUUGAAGAUUGCAAUUAAUUUAUUUUACACGCUCAGUCCCGUGUCAUAUAUACGUAAAUGUGCUUCACGAUUGCACCACCUUUAUACUAAAAGCAAAAAUGAAUUGCCUAUGUGAUGAAAUUGUUUAGAUAUGGAUAAAGUGAUGUUUAACAGAGUUUCGUUGAAAAAUUAUAAUAAAUUCUUGUUGCAAGAGGAGUUUUAAAUUGUAAGAAAGUUAUGUAUGUGAAUAUGUAAAUUUCCUAGUUGUACUUAAAGUAUGCCUGUGUGUAAAGUAUGUAAGAUGGAAAAAAAAAUACACGAAACUUCAUAAGUUUUGUAUCGAUCAUUCCUCGAAAAAUCAAAAAAAUUAAAGGGCGACAUAUUUUUUAUCAAUGGUGUUGAGCGUAAAUUAUAAAUAUUUUUUAUAGUAGUUACAUCCACUUAGUGAUGAUGUGAGGAAUAACGGUAAAUUUUAAAAGAGCACCCGCGUUUUACUCUUAAUAUUUUUGCAAUGCAUAUUUGAUUAGCGCAAUAGUUUUAAAACACGUUAUACGUAUUGCUGUACAACAUAGAAUCCCAGCUCGCUUUUAAAAAAGUUUGGACUUGUAGGAAUAAGUAUAAAUACGAUAUUUUUGAAAUGCGGAAAAAAGCGCUAAUUGACGAUUUGUUACGAAACCUUUGAAAUUAUUUUUGCUUAUGCACAUAUAAUUACGACCAAUUAAUUGUACAUACAACUUGAGGAAUCGAAAGACUAAAUAUUAUCCAAGUUAAUUAUAACGUAUCAUUAAAACAAAUAUUUUUCACGUACGUUAUGCACUGAAAAAAGUUGCAACUGUUUCUCUUUGAUGUAAUAUUUUAAUUAAUCGUUGAGGACAUUUACUAUCAUAAAUCUAUUUUAUCUCAAAUGAAUUGAAAUUUUAUUCGCACGUUUCAUCGAAAAUUUUCGAAUUCUUAGAGUGUAAGAAAGAUGAAAUGUUUUAAACAAACAAUUAUUAUUUGUAUAUUUUUGUAUAAUAAACAUUGUUGAUACAAUACAAUA